GUUCCUUUAUCUCUGUCUAUUUUUCUCAAUUACCCUUGAAGAGCUCACUGGCAGUGCUUAAGUUUUUAUAGUGAGCUUGUAAAACUCUGAGCAUGAGAGGUGAGCAGUCAUACAGUGAACAGAACAUGAACUCGCAGAAACAAGAGCCCAUAUAACAAACCUGCUGUUCUUCAAGGCUUAAGUACAACGUCUUCAGGAACUGGAACAAACUUGAAGCCCUGUAGAUAGAUCAAAGAACAAUAUACACAGUUUUUGAUGAAUCCAUGUUUAACUCAUUAUUGAUUAAAGACAUUGUCAGACCUUACACAGCUAGUCAACUACUACCUCUGGCUGGACGGCGUUCAACCCAUUUGGUCACAUAUCCAUCACUUCGUCCAUGAGACUGACUCUUGGACUGACCAGGCAGUGGACUUUGGUGAUCAUCGCUAAGAAUUCCUGAUUUAUUGAUCAGCUAUAAUCUGCAAGGUGGACAAUCUAAGAGUAUAAAGAAGGCAGUGAAGAUGAAUGUCUCUAUCCAAAUGUCGUCUUCAGACAGCUAUCAUCCUGAGUCGGUGCUUAUCCCAGUGCUCUUCUCACUCAUUUUCCUCGUGGGCACAGUGGGUAACAGCCUGGUCCUGGCAGUUCUGUUAAGGAAUGGCAAGAUAAACAACACCACCAAUCUCUUCAUUCUGAAUUUAGGAGUUGCAGACCUUUGCUUUAUCAUAUUCUGCGUACCCUUUCAAGCUACCAUUUACACCCUGGACAGUUGGGUAUUUGGCCCCUUUAUGUGCAAAGCUGUGCACUUUUUCAUAUAUCUCACCAUGUAUGCCUCCAGCUUCACCCUGACUACUGUGUCACUGGACAGGUACCUUGCUAUACGUUACCCAUUGCGUUCAAGAGAACUACGUACACCAAAGAAUGCUCUGAUGGCUAUCACCCUUAUCUGGAGCCUGUCGAUAAUUUUCUCUGGACCUUACCUCAGUUAUUACCAGGAAUUUCAGAUUCAGUCUAACCUUACCGUUUGCCACCCUGUGUGGCAAAUCUCUCAUCGUAAAACUAUGGAUCUGUGCACUUUUAUCUUUAGCUAUGUUAUUCCUGUGUUCGUUCUUAGUUUGACCUAUGCUCGCACUAUACGAUAUCUGUGGACUUCUGUUGACCCAAUUGAAGAUAUGUCUGAAUCAAAGAGAGCCAAGAGGAGGGUGACUCGGAUGAUCAUCAUUGUUGCUGUUUUGUUUUGUUUGUGUUGGCUUCCUCACCACCUUGUAAUUCUUUGUGUGUGGUUUGGAUACUUUCCCCUGAAUAACUUCACAUAUGCCCUACGUAUUCUGUCACACUUGGUGUCCUAUGCCAACUCUUGUGUAAAUCCAGUGGUCUAUGCCUUAGUCUCAAAACACUUCCGGAAGGGAUUUCGCAAGAUUUUUUGUUGCCUGUUGUUGCGCCAAAGGUCAGCCAACAAGAUCCAUGUGGUCCCUGCUGUCCAUGCAGGAGUCAGCACAUUAGAAGUGGCGUGUACAGAGGUUACCCAGUUAAGCGAAAGUCCAUUGCAGUGCUCAACCUGUUGUCAUGAUCCUGGAAGCUCAUGGGAAGAGACAGAAAGGAAUGGAGAUAAAAGAGGCCCAGCAUUUAUUACAUUUAAUGUUACCUAGUCAUGAGAGUCAAGGUGGAAGCGAUGAAUAAAGACAUCUUCAACAACAUUCUUCACCACCUCCAUCCAUUUCAGAUGUGCACAAACUCACUUACUUUCUACCAAUAAACAUAUCUAAAACCAAGCAGUUCCUUUGCCCCUGAAAGCUCAAAAGACAUAUACACUGUGAGGAAUACAAAUGUAAAUCAAUACGAGCACCAUGAGCCAAUGUGAACACCAGCCCCAUUUACCAUUCCUAAAUUGACUUUUUAUGAAAAGAGAUGAAUUGAGACUCUAUUUUAGCUUGGGACUGAUGAGUGAUACACAUUGGUCUGCAGGCUACAAUAUAUAUAACCACUUUACCGCUAUUCUUGAUUGUUCUGCCCGGAGCCUUCAAUUAUCAUUACUGUGCAAGAAAACCUAAAGUCUAUAACAGCAGUAUAUUACUGUGUGUCUUUAACAACAUGUUCAGAAAUGUUCCCAUUAGGUCUGAAAUUAGAAAAAGUGUCAGCUUUUUUUCAUAAAGAGCACCACUCCUGUCCAAGGUUUAAUCUGGUAUUGCAGCUGAUAUCUUUUCAAAUCUCCUGGCAAUCCUUUUAAAGGAGUACUCCACCCCUAGACAU